CCACGUUACAUAUUCAUGGCGCUGGUCACGGUGCUCUUCCUGUGCACCUUUCUGGGCAACGUGAGCGCCCUGUAUGUGAACACCAGACGCAAGCUGCGGCCUUUUUUUCGUGCCUGCCUCAUCUCGCUGGCCUGCAGCGAUCUGAUCUACUGCGUCAACUUUACCACCUCCAACAUUGCCAUGAUCAAUGCCGAAUAUCUGGAGUAUUGGAUUCUCGGCCCGUUCAUGUGCAAUACGGUGCCGUUUGUCAACACAACAACUGUGCUGUGCAGCAGUUUUAUGCUGGUGGCCAUUGCCCUGGAUCGCUAUAUGGCCAUACGGCGUGCUGCGAUUGGCAUUUGGAAUCCAGGCUUAGUAUUCUGCGCCGUCUGCAUCGCCGGCAUUUGGCUAGCCAGCAUGGCUGCCGCGGUGCCUCUCUUUUUCAUAUAUACCCCGAUCCAGGUCUAUAUACAGAGCACGGAUGAGCUGCUGAUCAGCGAACUGGACCAGGUUACCAUGUGCGUGGGCAGAAGGACCCAAAUUGGAAUCUAUAAUAGUGUAUCGCUCAGCCUCGUCUUUGUGCCCUGCAUUGUGGCGUUCGUCUUUCUCAAUGCGACCAUAGCGCGGCAGCUGUGGCAGCGACGUCACCAGCAGCGCAACCUGCAGCAGCAGCAGAAAGAGCAGCAGAGGGAGCAGGAGCAGCAGCAGGAGCAGCCGCGUUUUGUGCAUCUGCUGAGCAAGCCGGAGACCACCUAUGCCAUGAUGACCGCCUUCAGUGUGGCUGCCUCCUUUGACAUGAGCACUGCGCAGUUGGCGGGGCUGACGCCGCCGCCGCCGACGACGCCGCUGCCGGAGAAGGUGAGUCCCGCGGCAGCGGCACGUGUGGCACGCCAUCGUCGCAUGGUGCGCGUGGUGCUGCUGAUGAUGGGCGCGUUUAUAUGCCUGCGUCUGCCCGCCUGGACGUUUCUGCUGAUGCGAGUGUAUGGCUCCUUCUCCUCGCCUGUGUCCUGGAUGUUCUACUUUAGCUUUGGCCUGCUCAACCUGACCAGCUGUGCACUGAAUCCACUGUUCUACACCUUUCUACCGCAGACCAUGCGAGUGCUGUCCAAGCUCAAGCGUGCGCUUAGCCGGCUAUUCUGCUGCCGGCGGGCAUCCAAGUUGGAGUCGGAUGCGACCAUGCCCCAGGAAACUGCAGAGCGGGGCAGGCGCUGUCUCUGCUGUGGCCUGCAGGUCACCUGGCGCUGCCAUCUGAAGUCCCCACCGGCGGCAGCCGGAAGCGUCGCAACCCAGACUGUGGCAGUUAUCGAAGCGCCCUCCGCUGCCAGCAGCCUGCCGCCGGUUGGUGACUGUAAGGACGACUGGAAGGACCUCGCCAUCUAUAACGAGAACUCGCUGCAGACAACUGCUUCAAUGAAAUCCUCCCGCUGAGAGAGCGUCAUCAAUCAUUCAUCGCCUGGUGGCAAUUAUGGAAUUGAUUAAUGUGAGGCAACGACUUGUUGUUGAUUGCGCUGAUCAGUGUCACAGUUCACGCGUUUACUGAUAGGCUUCAACGUGAAUUUGUCUUUGACAUCAUACAUAUAACAUAUGUAGAUUGUAAAUAAAGCUACAGUAAAAACACAAACUAUAAUUUCCAUACAUUA